CAUCGAAAACAUGCGCAGGGAUCUGGACGAGUUGACUAACAACUUCUAUAAGACGCUUGAGGAGGUGCAAGCAGGGUUUGACGCCCAAGCUGCUACACCACCCCCGCCGGCAGCGGCGGCGGCACCAACUGAAGCUGCAGCACCACCGCCUGACCGCAAACAAUCAACGCAUCCUCGUCGGUCGUUCACACUGAUCACUGCUGACCUGAUGAAUAGAAUCAAUGAGCUGGAGAAGAAACUAAACAAAUGCUGCGACUCCAUCGGCAAGAGCGACGGCGCCAUACAAGACCAAAUAAAUUCAUUCCAAGAUCAACUGGAAUAUUUAUUGAAACAAGUGGCAACUUUGACGCAAGAUCUCACAGCUGGAAAACUUUCUCCGGAUCUUAUAAAAGACUUGCAAGGGUUGAUGCAGCUGUUCCAAACGGUCCAGGAUAUGCAAGAACAGUUGAAACAAGUUCACGAAACGGCUCUGCAGUUAGCUGCAGAAAAAGAAGACAGGCAGCAUAACAUAAAUGCUCUCCUAGAACAGAUAGAACUGCUUAAGACGGUCAAACUGGAUCGCGAAGACAUGGUAGAAGCGAUGGCUGAGAAGGCCGACCUACGGAUGCUGGCGAGGAAGGUCUCGCACGACCAGUUCGAGCUGGCCUGCGACGAUCUGUCCAGAGGACUCGAACAUGCUCUUGGGAAACUCAACCUACAGGAAGCACUAUGGCAACAAGCCUUGGACGACAUCCAACGCGAGAUCGAGAUGAAGCUAGACAAGAUGGAGCUGUCCCCAGUGAAGGACUUCUUCAACAGCAAACUGAAGCAACUGCAGGAGAAUCUGAAGCAGAUGGCCUCACUAAGGCGAGAGGCCGAGGCUGCGGGAACCAAGAGGAAAUUGCUCAGGGACGUAAACUGCAUUUCGUGCGACGCGAAAGCGGUUAUGCCAACGGAGGCCGCCAGUUCAGUGCCGAUCAGCCGCCCCAUGCCAGCAAACUUGUCCAUGAAGCCCUACCUCAGCUACGAACUGGACGCGAUCCGCAAGACACAGCAGACCAAUGUGCCGCAGAGGAAUAUGCACGACUGGGAGGCCAUAGACAAGCAAAUGGGCUCGGGGAAGCAGCAGCCACCGCAGAAAGCCAGGUCGGAAACGGACAAGCACCUAUGCAACCGCUACUGCGGCGGGUCGCACACGGUGACCACUCCUGCGCAGCGCGUGGCGCGUUUAGGCCACUUCAUCAAGCAGUGGGGCCCGGAUGUGUUGCCGCUGUCCUCUAGCUUGGCUACGGGUGAUGAUGGCAGGAUGUACAAAGUGAGCGGCGGUGAGGCUGCAAAUGUUGGUCCGGGUGGCGCUGUGGAUGCUUGCACUCCAAAACCGGUUCCUUCGAAACAGGACAAACCAAAACCGCCUCAGAAGCCUAUGGUGAUAAGCGCGGAAUGUCGCUGCUUGGAUGGAGAUCGACCACCCAAAGGCUAAAGAACUUAAUAAUAAUAUGAUAAAUUAUUAUAAAAUUUCGCAUUUUGAUAGUUAUAUUAAUUGGUUGAAUCGUUAUUGUUCUUCAAGUUUUGUUUAGCUAAAUAUUUGGUAUUUUACUAAUCAUGUAAUGUGCAGAAUAAAAUACAUAAUUUUUAA